CUGAGCGAUUUGACAAUGAUUAAUCAGCAGCUAAGUCUUAAAGAGUCGUUCGCGCGUUCAAUUGAUUCAGUAGGACUCGCGGCUUCACACAAGACACUUGACGUUAAAAUGUCUCAGACAAGUGGCAGCACGGACAUCAAAGCAUCGGCCUUAGAGCUGAUCGGCAACACUCCACUCGUAGCGCUGGACAGGCUUUGGCCUGGACCUGGAAGGAUCCUGGCCAAAUGUGAGUUUAUGAAUCCUGGAGCGUCCAUCAAAUGCCGGUCGUCGCUUUACAUGAUCACUAAGGCCUUGGAGUCUGGAGCUUUGAAGCCGGGGGAACCGGUCUUGGAAAUCACCUCCGGGAAUCAGGGAUGUGGUCUGGCGGUGGUGUGCGCGGUGCUGGGACAUCCUUUGACCGUGACCAUGUCUGCUGGGAACAGCGUGCAGAGAGCGAUACACAUGGAGGCUCUGGGAGCCAGGUGUGUGAGGGUUCCGCAGGUGGAUGGCACAUACGGCAAAGUCACAUUGGCGGAUGUGACCGCAGCUGAGGAGAAAGGUUUGCAAUUGGUGGAAGAGACUGGCGCGUAUUACGUCAACCAGUUCAACAAUGAUAUGAAUUCUCGAGCUCAUUACGAAACAACGGGCCCAGAGAUCUGGAGACAGACUGGCCAGCGAGUCGACGCGUUCGUUGCCGCAGUCGGCACAGCAGGAACCUUCGCUGGGACCUCCAGAUAUCUCAAGGAAAAGGAUCCGAGUAUUGUUUGUGUGGUCGUGGAACCAGAAGGCUCUGAGGCCAUCAAAGGCUGCGAAGUAACGAAGCCAAUGCAUUUAAUGCAGGGCUCGGGAUACGGAUGUGUUCCAAAUUUGUUCAACUAUGAACACCUGGACGACACCAUAAGCGUCAGUGACGAGGAAGUCCUGGAAUACAAGAGGCUGAUCGGAGAAAAAGAAGGUCUGUUCGUGGGCUACACGAGUGCAGCAAAUGUCCUGGCUGCGGUGAAGCUGCUGAAGGCUGGAAAGUUGAAGGAGGACGCCUGGGUGGUGACCGUGCUCUGUGACACAGGCCUGAAGUACACCCCGGUGCCAUCAGAGAUCACCAAAGCGUAAUCUCCAAACAACAGUAUCUAAUGCACAGACGGAUAAAGAAGACGCUCUCACUAGCGAAUGAUAACGCUUCAUACGGAAAGGGGAUUUGGAAUAAAAAUAGCCCAAGUUAUUCCCUAUUACAGCCUCCUGCCAAUAAAAAUCUAGUCAAAAUCGGACCAACCGCUUCAGCGAUAAGCCGGAACAAACUAACAGACAGACAAACAUUUAAAACAUGUUAUUUUUGUGAAUGUCUCGUGUAUGUAUUGAUAUACUUGUAGUAAACAGUUAUUACAGA